ACCAUGUCCAUCCCCACACACGCCAUCUCUCCGCGCCACGAAUCUCAUCGAUCCUCGCCAUGGCCACCGCGUCCCUGUCCGCCGUCGCGGCGCCGCUGUCCGUCGCCGGGCUCAGGAAGCCGACGUCGUCGUUCCAGCCCCUGCAGCUGAGGGCGAGGCCGGCCGCCAGGAUGGCCGUCCGGGCGUCGGCGUCCAUGAAGGAGAAGGCGGCGGCCGGGCUGACCGCGGCGGCCAUGGCAGCGGCGCUGGUGCUGCCUGACGUCGCGGAGGCCGCGCAGUCCGGGCUGACGCCGUCGCUCAAGAACUUCCUGCUCAGCAUCGUGUCCGGUGGUGUCGUGCUCGUGGCCAUCGUCGGCGCCGUCGUCGCCGUCUCCAACUUCGACCCCGUCAAGCGGGCCUGAUCGGUCAUUCGUUCGUUAGGAGGCACGCCUCCCCCUGUAUCAUGUAUCGAGUGGUGUAAUCUUGCUAUCUUGUUUUGGAGAAUGUUCAAACAUGUUUAUGAUACGGAGUUCGAGUUAAAUCAUCGUUUGCUUUUUGUAUAUGUGAUUGAUGCUUUGAUACAUGCAUGGUGUAUAGUUCAAUUAA